CUGCGCCGCCGCUCGUGCUGACGAUGGGAGACGUUCUCUGCGAAGAGCUCGAGGAUCUGGUUCACUUCUCGGUGCACGACCUGCCGUCGCGAGGCUAUGUGGUCAUGGAGGAGAUCAGGCGCCAGGGGAAGCUGUGUGACGUUACUCUCAAGGUGGGGGAUCACAAGUUCAGCGCCCAUCGGAUCGUGCUGGCCGCCUCCAUCCCGUACUUCCACGCCAUGUUCACCAACGACAUGGUGGAGUGUAAACAGGACGAGAUCCUGAUGCAGGGCAUGGACCCCAGCGCUCUGGAGGCUCUGAUUAACUUUGCGUACAGCGGCCACGUGGCCAUCGACCAGCAGAACGUGCAGUCCCUCCUGAUCGGCUCCAGCUUCCUGCAGCUGCAGAACGUCAAGGACGCCUGCUGCUCCUUCCUGCAGGAGAGGCUACAUCCCAAGAACUGUCUGGGCGUGCGGCAGUUCGCGGAGACCAUGAUGUGCACGACGCUGUACGACUCGGCCAGCAGCUUCCUCCACCAGCACUUCGUGGAGGUGUCGGUGUCCGACGAGUUCCUGGGCCUGAGGACGGAGGAGGUGCUGGAGCUGGUCGGCUGCGACGAGCUCAACGUGAAGGCGGAGGAGCAGGUGUUUGAGGCGGUGCUGGCCUGGGUUUACCACGACCGAGACCGGAGAGAGACCUUGCUCCCGGAGCUGCUGUCCAAGAUCCGCCUGCCUCUGUGCCGACCCCAGUUCCUGUCGGAUCGCGUCCAGCAGGACGAGCUGGUGCGCUGCUGCCACAAGUGCAGAGACCUGCUGGACGAAGCCAAAGACUUCCACCUGAUGCCCGACCGAAGACCUCACCUGGCCGCCUUCAAAACCCGACAGAGGUGCUGCACGUCCAUCACGGGCCUCAUCUACGCCGUGGGAGGCCUGAACAGCUCGGGAGACUCUCUAAACCUGGUGGAGGUGUUCGACCCCAUCGGGAACUUCUGGGAGCGCUGCCAGCCCAUGAGGACGGCUCGCAGCCGCGUCGGCGUGGCCGUCGUCAACGGGCUGCUCUACGCCAUCGGCGGAUACGACGGCCAAUCCCGGCUCAGCACGGUGGAGGUUUACAACCCGGAGACGGACAACUGGACUCGAGUGUCCAGCAUGAACAGUCAGCGCAGCGCCAUGGGAACCGUGGUGAUCGACGGACACAUCUACGUCUGCGGCGGCUACGACGGGAAGUCGUCCCUGAACUCAGUGGAGUGUUACUCCCCCGAGACGGACAGAUGGACGGUGGUGACGGAGAUGAGCGCCAGCCGCAGCGCCGCGGGCGUGACGGUGUUCGACGGGCGGAUCUUUGUGUCGGGCGGCCAUGACGGCCUGCAGAUCUUCAACACGGUGGAGUACUACAACCACCACACCAACCGCUGGCACCCGGCGGCGGCCAUGCUCAACAAGCGGUGCCGCCACGGCGCGGCGGCUCUGGGCAGCCACAUGUACGUGGCGGGCGGCUACGACGGCUCGGGCUUCCUGAGCGGCGCUGAGGUGUUCAGCUCGGCGUCGGGCCAGUGGAGCCUCCUGGUGGCCAUGAACACGCGGCGCAGCAGGGUGUCGCUGGUGUCCACGUCGGGCCGCCUGUACGCGGUCGGCGGGUACGACGGACAGUCCAACCUCAGCUCGGUGGAGAUGUACAACCCCGACACCAACCGCUGGACGUUCAUGGUGCAGAUGGUGAGUCACGAGGGCGGCGUGGGCGUCGGCUGCAUCCCGCUGCAGCCCGCCUAAGCCGUCCGAUCGCGGCUGAGGAUCCACACCCUGCUGACGGCCGCGAGCGGGCACCGGCGCCCCCCGGCGGCGUCCUCUGAGCUUUAUCGGUACGGCGGACUCGCCCGGGCCUCCUCGGGCCCGCGGGUUUCUGGGUACAUUGUAGAGCUGCGCCGUAGAGGCUAGCUGCUAGCAUGGCGCUGCUAGUGCGCGUGCGGACUGUUAUUUUUGAUUUUUCUACUUGAUUGAAACGACCAACAGGAAGUGACUUUCUCCCAAACGAAGCUGCUGACUUGAAACAGAACCACCACUCCGAUCCGCUUUCUGGGACCCGGCUCACUGUGUUUCUGAUCCUCUGGGAUCCGACCGGCGGCGCCACGGACGCCUGAAGAAGACGACAGACGCAGGGAACAAGUGAUUUGAAACCACUGAAACAUGGGAGGCAGAGUAAAGACCUGCAGAGCCUCAGCUGAGCCUUUCCUGAUGGAGGGAAGUCGGAGCAGACGCUCUCGGCCCCAAGUGUUCCCCGCUUUGAUUAUGGGAGAUGUACAGUCUGAAGAGAUGUGAAGAGGCUCAGAUGGUUUGUUCAACACGUCCUCACAUAUAAAAUCUAAUGAUCCAAUUAUGUAACUUAAUGAAUCAGUGACACAGUGAAGUUUAAUCCGUCCGGAAGAGGUUUGCAGUGGCAGAUUUCGGCUCCUCGCAGGUUUUGCUUCACGUUUAUCCAGGCCGGUGCGUCUCGUCCACCCGGUGCCUUGUUCCCGUCCCUCAGCUGUGUCUCCCGGCUGACAGCAGGCCGGUGUUUCAUUCAGCUUCUGAACACUUGGAUCAAACUGCUGAGAGAUUUCUGGCUCUUUGCUAAUAUCUAAGAUCUGAAACCAUCAUUUUGACAACAAGACGAUCAUUUCAUGGAGCAUUAGGCAACGCAGAUGAGAUCGAUUUUGUUUGAUUAUUAUUUAAUCUCUGAAGAAGGCCAAUAAUUCAGUUAUUCUCAUAAGAAUAAGUUUCUCAUAAGAAGUUGGCCCUCUUUUGGCUUAUUUAUUGGAAUUUUUUCUUGAAGAUAUAUCAAUAAUCAGAAUUCAGCACGUCUCAAAUUUUGCUUAUUUUGAGCACAAUAAGCUAUUUGAGCUGGAAACUAGACGAACACACACUGAGACCUGCUGACGUGACUCAGCCUGAAUGGAAACGGUUUCUUUCACGAGAACAAUCUGCUGUACGCUUUCAAAAAGAUACAUCCGUUUUGUUUCUUCCAUAAUUACUACUUUUUAGUCUUUGUGUGAAUGACGAUGGUGAAUGUCAACCUUCGUGUUAAAACUUCAUCAUGUUGAAUUUGUUUUCAAGACAAUUUUACAAUAAAAUAAAACCAUUAAGGAGUUGAUGCAGGCAAAAACAUGUUGAUUUAUUCUUUCUCGGCCCAGUUUUCAGAGAUUAGGAUCGUUAUUUUCUGUGAUAAGUUGCAUUGCUCUGUGUCAUUUCAGGACAGGAAACUGCUUUUGACUCCUGAUGCUCCAGUUUGGACAGAAUGUGAAAUCAUGCAGUAAACAAAUAAAACGACCACAGUUCAGUAAGAGAACAGUCCACAAUCAGUAUGUCAUCAGUAAAGCCUGCACAGUGAACAGUUUUCUGUGCUGUGAUUGAUGGAUUUUUUUGAGUACAGUUAGGGUAGCGGCCUCAGCUGUUUUCAGUCAGAACUGAUGAUUCACACCAAAACACAUUUUAUAAAAAAUCCUGUUCCCAUCAGUUCCCUUUCAUUUCAUUUUAGUUGGAGUUGAGCGAUGUUGUUUUCCAGCCAUGAAAGGCCUAAAAACCUCCUCGGAGUGCUGUGGAAUGAACACUUGGGGCUGUGUUUGUUUUUUCUUUAGUCGUCCGGCUCCGGUUUGCUGCUGUUUCCUUCAGCUCGCCUCAGAAACCUGAUGAGAAACUUUUCCAGAGCUUUCGGCCGAUCACACGCUCUUCCACGGCAGGUCGAUGAGAGCCGGUUGAAAGCUCCAAAAGAGACUUUUAAAAAUAUCAAAAUAAAUCAGAUGUGUGUUUACGUUGGAUGGUGUCGCAGAUCGAAGCCUCGGUCGUCGUCUGUGAUCGAUACCUUUUAUUUUUAUGGAUUAAUUUAUGAUUUAUUUGUUUUUCUUCUUUGUGGACCAAUAAAGAGGAAGUUU